AUGAAUGAAACGAAAUAUUUUCUUACAAAUCAAACAUCAGCGUAUACUCAUAGUACAUUUAUACAAUAUUUACAAUUAGUUUAUGUACCCUGUUUGGCUUUACUUGGUAUAUGUGGAAAUAUCAUAUGUGCAAUUAUAUUUAGUAGUAAAUCAUUAAGACGUGUUCGUUCCUCAUCAUUUUUAUUCGUACUAGCAAUAUCGGACGUUUUCUUUUCAUUUGAUCUUUUACCUGGUUGGAUAAAUACUUGUUUUGUUCGAUCAUUAUAUUAUGGUGCAAAUAUUGUAUGUAAAAUUCAAACAUAUAUAGCAUUUGUUGCUUCAUUUUUACAUAUAUGGAUGGUGCUUGCAUUUACAGCAGAACGUUUUUUUGCUGUUAAUUUUCCUUUAAGACAUAUGUCGAAAUGUACACCAACCGUUUCUCAUACAAUUAUUUUAAUGAUUGUUAUACCAGUAUUGUUAUUCUAUAUUUAUCCAUCAUUUUUUGCAUCAGAAAUUGACAUCUAUGGACAAUGUCGAGAAAAAGAAAAUCAUGUGCAUUAUUUAAAAUAUAUUAAUAUAAUUGAUACAAUAAUGACAAUGUUUUUACCAUUUAUUUUUGUAUCAAUAAUAAAUAUAUUAAUAAUAAAAAAAUUAUUUUGUUCAAAUACAUUUCGACAACAUGUUUUUGAAAAUGGUUCAAGUUAUCAAUAUCGACGAACAUCAUAUUGGACACCAUAUGAUACAAAUUCAAUAAAAAAACAAGAAAAAAUGAAAAUUUCUGUUGAUAAACCAUCAUCAAUAAUACAUAGAAAACGACAUUGUAAUGAAUCAACUCGACGACAUAUUUUAACAGAAUUACGUUUAACAAAAAUGCUUUUAGCUAUAUCAUUAACAUGUCUUUCAUUAAAUUUCCCAUCAUAUUAUUUACGUUUAAUCAUAUUUUAUGAACAAACAAAAGAUAACUUAAAAACUAAUGAAAAUUUUAGUGUUUUUACUCUAUAUAGAGAUGUCUUAUUACAUUAUAUGUCUUAUUUAAGUUAUUCAAUUAAUAUUUUUAUAUAUAUUUUAUUUGGAGCUAAUUUUCGUCGUGCAUUAAAAAGAAUAUUUUUAUGUAAAACAACAUUUAAUUCAAAUUCAUUAAAAUUGAAGUCAUGUACUAGUGAUAAUGAAACCAGUUGA